AGGAUUAUCAUUCAUAAUUAAUUGUAUUACUAAUGAAGAAAACAAUGAUAGGAAUGUUACUACAUUUUCUUUCAGUAUUGCUUGGUAUCCUUACUCUUUUGGUUUUAAUACAAGCUCAGGAUCAAUCAGGAUUCAUCAGCAUAGAUUGUGGUCUACCUGAACAUUUGAACUAUUCUGACAAGAGUACAACCAUAAAUUACAUUUCAGAUGCCAAUUUCAUAAAUACAGGUGUAAGUAAGAGGGUACAAGUCAAUAUUACUGUUCUGCAGCAACUAGAAUAUGUGAGGAGUUUUCCUAAUGGAGUGAAAAAUUGUUACAGAAUAAAUGUAUCAAAUGGUACUAAAUAUUUAAUCAGAGCUUCUUUCUAUUAUGGUAACUAUGAUAAUCUAAAUGAUCCACCAAUAUUUGAUCUUCAUUUUGGAGCUAAUGUGUGGGAUACGGUGAAGUUGCACCUCAAUGUAUCACGCUACACAAUCAGGGAAAUCAUUUACACUCCAUCACUAGAUUACAUACAACCAUGUCUUGUUAACACUGGCAAAGGGACUCCAUUCAUUUCAGCUAUAGAAUUGAGGCCUUUGAACAAUAAAACUUAUGUCACAGACUCGGCUAAUUCAGUACUAUCACUACACGGCCGAUUGGAUUUAGGUUCGGUGACAAACUUACAAUACAGGUACGAAAAUGAUGUUUAUGACCGCCUUUGGUUACCUUUUCAGUGGAUUGAUACGAAAAAAUUAAACGCGAGUGAUUAUCUAUUACUUCAGAAUGAUUAUACACCACCAGCAAUUGUAAUGAGGACUGCUGCUACACCAGUAAAUGCUAGUGCUCCUUUACUAUUUCAUUGGAAUGCAGAUAAUGUAACUGAUCAAUACUACCUCUACCUGCACUUUAAUGAGGUUGAAGAGCUGACACAAAAUGAAACUCGAGCGUUCAAUAUCACAGUGAAUGGAGAGUUUUUCUAUGGACCUAUGAUACCUGGAUACCAGGUCACAGAUACCGUAAUUAGUUCAGCACCUUUGACCGGAGCCGCAAGAUAUCUAAUUUCCCUUUCUAAGACAGAGAAUUCAACCCUUCCACCCAUCCUCAAUGCUGUUGAGAUUUUUAAACUAAAAGACUUCUCACAAUCAGAAACUGUAUAGGAUGAUGGUUAUUAGUUACCCCUAAAGUUUAUCUGAACGCAUAUUCAUAUCUGCGUUGACGGGGAAUUCUGGAUUCGACCCUAAUUUCUAAAAAUUGUAAUGUCUCUGUCAACUAAGUUAAGUUCACCUCAUGUGGACAUGUAGAUAUAGACAUGUAAUUUACUCUGAUGGAGCUUGUUUAAAUUCUAAUUUCUGUCAUUGAUUUUCUGUUAUUGUAGCUGUUUGAAGGUGGUUCCUCUGUUAUUAAGUUUUCUUGGUCAGUUUGUAUGUUUGUGAUUUUUCUGGUCCUUGUCAUAUGAAGGGAUCAACAACUGUGGUGGAUAAUUACUAGAAUUGGUGUGGAGAAGUUCCCUUGUCUUUGGGUUUGGAAA